GCUCUUUUAAGUCUCUAGUCUUCAUGGUAUGGAGUAACAACAAAUUCUGUUCUUGCUUGAUAUUGUUGCUUUCUAUUUAUAAUCCGAAUAAUUGUUUUUAUAUGCAUUAUAAUUGUUUUUCUUCGUUAAAAAUAAUUAAAAUUUAGAAUAAAUUCGGUGAAAAAAAAAUGAAAAUCAUUAUUACCCGAAGCAAGAUUUAGGACUUCUAACAAUUAGUACCAUUUGACGCAUCACAAUUUAGGAUUGAAUAAUUUAUUUACAAAAUGGCUGGUAAUUUCUGGCAAAGUUCACAUCACCAACAAUGGUUACUGGAUAAACAAGAUUUGGUUAGAGAACGUCAACAUGAUUUAGCAAUAUUAACGGAGGAAGAAUAUCAGAAAAUAUUCAUUUUCUUUUCUAAUAUGAUACAAAUGUUAGGUGAACAAUUGAAGUUGAGGCAACAAGUGAUAGCUACUGCAACAGUUUAUUUUAAAAGAUUUUAUGCUCGCAAUAGCUUAAAAUGUAUAGAUCCUCUAUUAUUAGCUCCUACAGCAGUCUUUUUGGCAUCAAAAGUAGAAGAGUUUGGAGUAAUUUCCAAUACUAGAUUAAUAACAACAAUGGGAACUGUAGUUAAGAACAAGUUUAAUUAUGCAUAUACGCAAGAAUUUCCUUAUCGUACAAAUCACAUUUUAGAGUGUGAAUUUUAUCUUUUGGAACAUUUGGAUUGUUGUUUAAUAGUAUAUCAACCAUACCGUCCCUUGUUAACAUUAAUUCAGGAUGUGGGACCAGAUGAUCAAUUACUUACUCUUGCAUGGCGUAUUAUUAAUGACAGUUUAAGAACAGAUGUAUGUUUAUUAUAUCCACCUUAUCAAAUAGCUAUUGGUUGUCUGCAAAUAGCCUGUGUGAUAUUGCAGAAAGAUCUUAAAUCAUGGUUUGCAGAAUUAAAUGCAGAUAUGGAAAAAAUCCAAGAAAUAGCACGAUAUAUAAUUAAUCUGUAUGAAUUGUGGAAAAGAUAUGAUGAAAAGAAUGAGAUUCAAGGUUUAUUGGCUAAAAUGCCAAAACCAAAAGCAGCACCACAACGUUGACAUCAAGUUCCCUGUUCGCCAAAUGUUUGGAAUUCAUGCUAAUACAUAGUGAAUACUUCAAUUAAAAAUGUCUUUCCCAUAUAUAUCGCUAUUAGAGAUGUAUAGAGUUGACAACGAAUAUUGUUCUGCAUUUAUUUUUUUGCAGAAGACACUUUUUUAUCCCUACAUAAAGCUAUAUUUUAAACUAUGUGACAAAUAACAA